AGUCAUAGUCAUAGUCUAGUAGGAAAGCCACAAAACUUUCACUAGAAGCCAAUACAAGUCCUUGCAAUCCACCUGUAUUUUUUUUCUUCUAGGCCAAGUCUAAUUAUAAUUAAUUAAAUUGCAUCACCCUUUUCUCCCUUCUAUAAUGGAUCCAACUUACUUUUUAUAACCCAAAUUCCUUCCUAGCUUGCACCCCAAGUAGUCCCUUCUAUAUAUAUUCACAUAAAUGCAGAGUUUGUAAUGUAAAGUCAAAAAAUGGCAACCAAAAGUUCAUGUUAUGAGAGUGAUUGCAAGACAAUUCAUGACUCAUGGGGGAGGCUAAGCACCUUAGUAAGGACUCUCGCCACGCGUUCGACGCAGGCCGAGAGGAGAGGGAUAAGGGAGACUUACAAGGCAAUGUACGGUGAGGAUCUAUUAACCCAUUUGCAAAGGGUUAAGCUUAAUCAAGAGUUGUUUUCUGGUUUGUUUUUAUGGAUGGUUGAUCCAUUGGAAAGAGAUGCUUGUUUGGCUAAGGAUGCAUUAUUUGAAGGAAAUGAGACUGAUUUCAAGGCUUUAGUUGAGAUUUUUGUUGCUAGGAAAUCAAGUCAUGUUCUAAUUAUUAAACAGCUUUACCAAACAAGGUUUAAGAGACAGCUUGAUCAUGAUAUUCUCUGCUUAGAGCCUCCUCAUCCUUCCCAAAAGAUAUUGGUAGCAUUGGCAACAUCCCAUAAAGCCCAUAAUGCAGAUGUAAGCCAAGAUAUAGCAAAAUGUGAUGCAAUGAGGCUUUACCAAACUGGAGAAGCAACUUCUGGAUGCAUUAAUGAAGCUGUGGUCCUUGAAAUCCUUAGUAAAAGAAGUAUCCCUCAGCUUAAACUCACUUUUUCUUCCUAUAAACGCAUCUUCGGCCACAAUUACACUAAGCAAUUGAAGAAGGCAACUUCGACACAAUUUGAGGACGCGUUACGAUACUUAGUAGAGUGCAUUCAGGAUCCUCCCAAAUACUAUGCCAAGAUGUUGCAAAGAAGCAUAAAAGGCGAGGAAAAGAACAAGGGAUCCUUGACACGGUUGAUGGUUAGCAGAGCAGAGAUAGAUAUGGGUGAUAUUCACAAGGAAUUCAGGAAGAAAUAUGGGGUUGAACUUAGAGAUGCGAUUUCUGAAGCCAUUCCCGCAGGGGAUUACAGAGAUUUUGUGUUAAUAUUGGCUAACAAUUAUGUCAAUUCUGGUAGACUUAAUCGUUAAUUAGAUUUCAGUGUACGUGUAUCGUAUGUUGUUGUGUUAAUCACCACUGUUAAGAUUCAUUAGAAAACUAUGAUUGUUACGGAGUAUUAUUCAGUAAAGUUUCUCUAAAUUAAAGUGUAACAAUUUAUGUAAAAAUAUUACUAGUACAACUAAAACUAGCUUUUUGAGACUAGUGGCUUUUCCA